GAGGACCGGCGGCGCCGCCGCGGGCAGCUGCCAAGAUGCUCUCCCCUGGUCCGCGGCCAUGGGCGAAGGCGAGACCGGCUGCACGUCCCAGGUGGCCAAGGCGAUGCUCAACGACAUCUUCGAGACUCCAGCAGACUUCCCUGGUCUCACCAGCGAUUCCUGCCUCGAGGAGUUCCAGGCCUUCCUGGCCACCAACGGGAGCAGAGGCGCCUGCCCUCAGCCGUGCAGUGCGACGUGCAGGCCCCCGACGCCGAGCGUGGAGGCGUCGGUGCUGCACACGGCGGAGUGCCCAGCCUGCACCCCGGAGGUCCCGCAGGCACCGGACGUCGUCAUCCCCUUCUUCGAGAGAGACCUGUGCAAGCUGAAGUACACCGUCAAGUCGAUCGUUCUGCACGACCCGGAGCACCACCUGGGCAACAUCAUCCUGAUGUGGGUCUCCAAGCACCCGCCCUCGAAGUACCAGGCCGACCUCGACGAGGUGAAGGCGCUGGUCACUGGGCGACAGGUGACGCUGCUGGACUACUCCCCGCAAGUGCAGGAGAUCGACGGCUGGUUCGUGCAGCAGGUCCUGAAGCUGAAGGUGGCCGCCAACGUCGGGACGGACUUCUACCUCGUCCUCGACGCAAAGAACACGUUCUUACAGGACGUCGACGCGGAUACUUUCUUCACACCGUGCAACCAGGCGAGGGUGCCCGCGCAGUACGCCUCUAUCGACGACGUACCUCUACCGCACAAGGAGUGGUUCCAGACGGCGCAAAGGCUCUUGCAGACGACCCCGCCAGAGACUGCCCUGUGGCCCACGUCUGUGACCCCGAUCGUCUUGCACAGGCAGACAGUGCUCGAGAUGUUGGAUUUCAUCGGCGAGAAGGUGAACGCCGACCCGCUGUGCCAGGGCCCCAUCUGCUUCAUGUUCGGGUGCGGCUUCAACACCGACGGCAAAGUCUUUGCCACCGAGUUCACGAUGUAUCUCAUGUAUGCGUACUCGAAGAUUCAGACAUCGUGCGUGCACUCUGUUGAGCAGCGCGAUGAGCUUAACCGUUGGGCCGCCUCCCUUUGGCGGGGCGUGCCUGAGACAGUCGACGAGGUCCGCGAAAAGAACCUCGAGUCGCUUCGUAACAUCGCAGGUGGCACCAACAGGCCAUUGUCUUUCGGUGGCCAGCCCGACUCGCUCAAGAACACGAGCAUGUCCAAGGGGCAGAAGGAGGAGGCAGAGGGCCUUUUGAUCCAAAUCUAUUUAGAUGCCCAAGUUAUUGACUCCGCCGCCGUCGGCAGCAAGGAUCUGGAUAAGUUUAUCAGCUGCAUGGUGUAACACGUCCAGCUUGCUUUGCCAUGUGGACGUGUUUGUCUGUGCACGUGACUUGUUGGAUGUCUUGUUUAGGCGCGCGGCGUUGCUCACGCUCGCUCGUAGAGACCCUACGCAGCAGAGUGCAAGCCAGUCGCAAGGGGCAACCCGGCCAGAAGAGGGAGUACAUGCUGGAAAGCUCUAAACCAUCCGAGCGUGAACGAUUCGGGGCAUGGCAGGACGAUGUUGCAGCCGUUCAGAGCGAAGUCGUGCAGAGACCUUCGCAGCGAGCCAUUCUCGCAAUAAGGCGAAGUGCCAGUGCCAAAGGGUGCGGGGCGGACUACGGAGCCACAGGAGACGUAGCGACAGCGUUGGAAAAACCACGUGGUUGGCUCGACGGGCGCGCAGGAUUGUGGAGCAGCGAAACUACACGCCAUCCAGCGAAAGAUAAGCUCCCUUUUCUGUUCGUAUAUGCGUACAUGUGUACGGAAUGUCGUCUGCCGAAGUAUAUAUGUAUCCGUGAUGUUCGACCCAAAGGGGUUACGACGGCGCAUUCGAGAUUUGCGCGUUGUAUAUCGUGUAGCUUAGGAGUUUUCGUACUGGCUCACUUAGCCAGAAGAAGCGUUUCAUUCAAGCUCGGCUUGAUUGGUGUACCUCGCGAUCGCUCGAGGCCCAUAUUUUCCAGGAUGCUUCUUCGCAGAUGCGAGCACAGCUUUGUGUGGAUGUGUCGGUAGUGCCUUGAGAAGUUUGGUCGCUCGCGUCUGCCAAGUACAUGCUGCUCGCACGCAACGUUGAAAGCUAAGCGUUGCCGCCACGGGAAAAGGA